AUGUCUGUGCCAUACAACGCGGACGCAACCUUCCGCAUCACUGGCACCCGCCAUUCAUCUCACGGUAGCCAAAACACUAUUGUGGAUCAAGAGUCGAAAUUUGUCCAAAACGAAGAAACAGAGAAAUCUACACAAGUCAUGGGGGACAGCACCGUAUACGGCAGAGAUGCCGAUGCUUCUGCAUCGACAACCGAUGAAGAUGGAAACGACACGGAGCUGGACCGCCGUCAAUCUAUCGUGCAAGAACUUGCUCGAGAAUACACCCGCAACUCAGCUGUCAACGUCGAUGGGAACAACAUGGCCCUGUUCGGCAGCCAAGACCCCGAUUCGCCCCUCAACCCUCAUGGGAAGAACUUCAGCGCUCGCAAGUGGGCAAAGACUCUCGCAAAAGUCACAAACGAGUACGGACCUGGUUACCGAACGACCGGAUUCACCUUCCAGAACCUGAACGUCUUCGGGUACGGCAAGGAGACGGAUUACCAGAAGGACGUUGGAAACGUGUGGCUUGAGCUGCCCGGUCUCGUUCGCAGCCUGACCUCGAACUCGGGUGGCCAGCGCCGUAUUGAUAUCCUCCGGGACUUCAACGGUGUUGUCGAGGCAGGGGAGAUGCUCGUCGUUCUCGGGCCUCCCGGCUCCGGCUGCUCUACCUUUCUCAAGACCAUUGCCGGCGAGAUGAAUGGCAUCUACACCGACGACCGUGCCUACUUCAACUACCAGGGUCUUACGGCAAAGGAGCUUCACAAGUACCAUUCCGGAGACGCGAUAUACACCGCUGAAGUCGAUGUCCACUACCCUCAGCUUUCCGUGGGAGACACCCUUACGUUUGCUUCCAGGGCGCGCUGUCCCCGAACUCUCCCGCCAGGGGUCUCGGCAGACCAGUACUGCGACCACCUCCGCGACGUUGUCAUGGCCAUGUACGGCAUCAGCCACACAGUCAACACCCGUGUGGGCAACGAAUACAUUCGCGGUGUCUCGGGAGGAGAGCGGAAGCGCGUGACUAUCGCAGAAGCCACCCUGUCCAACGCUCCCUUGCAGUGCUGGGACAACUCCACCAGAGGUCUUGAUUCGGCCAACGCUGUCGAGUUUUGCAAGACUCUGCGUUUGCAGUCAGAGCUGUUUGGACAGACAUGCGCCGUCUCCAUUUACCAAGCGCCCCAAAGCGCGUACGACUUGUUCGACAAGGUUCUCCUCAUCUAUGAAGGGCGGCAAAUAUUCUUCGGACGCACAACGGACGCCAAACAGUACUUUAUCGACCUCGGUUUCGAAUGUCCGUCUCGUCAGACUACCCCCGACUUUCUCACGUCCAUGACGGCACCUUCCGAGCGUGUCGUUCGUCCCGGGUGGGAGUCCCGCGUUCCCAGAACCCCUGACGAGUUUGCCGCUUGCUGGAACGCCAGCCGUGAGUGCCAGGCCCUGAAGGAGCAAGUCGAGCAAUACAAAACCGCGCAUCCUCUCGGCGGUCCGGACGUCGAGGUCUACAUGAACCAGAAGCAGUCGGUCCAGGCCAAGAACCAACGUCUCAAGUCUCCCUUCAUCCUCUCGUAUGGCCAGCAGGUCAAGCUGUGCCUCUGGCGCAGCUAUAAGCUUCUCAAGGGCGACCCUAGUCUAACUCUAUUUUCGCUCAUCGCCAACACGGUCCAAGGGCUCAUCAUAUCCUCCUUGUUUUACAAUCUUCCGGAAUCCACUUCGUCCUUCUACAGUCGGUCCGCGGUCCUCUUUGUCGCCAUUCUCACCAAUGCUUUCUCCAGCGCUCUGGAGAUUCUCACCCAAUACGCCAAACGGCCCAUCGUCGAGAAACAGAGACGUUAUGCUUUCUAUCACGCGUCGGCCGAAGCCUUCUCUUCGGUUUUGGUGGACAUGCCGUACAAGGUCUUGAACACCAUAUGUUUCGACCUGAUCAUCUACUUCAUGUCCAAUCUGAACAGGCAGCCUGGCAAUUUCUUCUACUUCCUUCUCACCACUUUCCUCAUGGUUGUCGCCAUGUCCGGUCUGUUCAGAGCAAUCGCCUCCUUGUCACGCACUUUGUCUCAGGCCAUGGUGCCGGCCUCGAUCCUCAUUCUGGCUCUGGUCAUUUUCACUGGUUUUGCUAUUCCUGUUGACUACAUGCUUGGAUGGUGUCGGUGGAUCAACUACCUCGAUCCUGUUGCCUAUGGCUUUGAAUCGCUUAUGAUCAACGAGUUCCACAAUCGCGAAUAUACAUGCAGCACCUUCGUCCCUAGCCCUACAGUGACCGGAUACGAGAACGUCGCUUUGGCCAACCGAGCCUGCUCUGUCGUUGGCGCUGUUCCCGGAAGACCUACUGUUAACGGUGACGCAUACAUCAACUUGCAAUAUAGGUACUUUCACUCUCACAAGUGGCGCAACAUUGGCAUUCUCAUUGCGUUUAUUAUUGGUCUCCAUAUGGUGUACCUUUUCGCCACCGAGUACAUUUCGGCCAAGAAGUCCAAGGGAGAGGUCCUCGUCUUUCGCAGGGGCGUCUCUGCCCCUACCAAAUCCAAGGACGAUCCCGAAGCUUCCGUGUCAGGCCCCUCUGCGAUUGUCGAGAAGGGCGGCAAGGGUGCUUCUGCCAACGAAGGUGCGAUCCAGGGCUCCACGAGUGUUUUCCACUGGAGCAACGUGUGCUACGACGUCAAGAUCAAGACCGAGACCAGGCGCAUUCUGGACCAUGUGGAUGGCUGGGUGAAGCCCGGCACGCUGACGGCGCUGAUGGGUGUCUCUGGCGCCGGAAAGACAACCUUGCUCGAUUGCCUCGCAGACCGGGUCUCGAUGGGCGUGAUCACGGGAGAGAUGCUCGUCGAUGGGAAGAUCCGCGACGAAUCCUUCCAGCGCAGAACCGGCUAUGUUCAGCAGCAGGACCUCCAUCUCGAGACGAGCACUGUCCGCGAGGCGUUGGAGUUCAGUGCUUUGCUGCGACAGCCUGCCACGACGCCCAAGGCGGAGAAGCUCGCAUAUGUGGACGAAGUCAUCAAGCUUUUGGACAUGCAAGACUACGCCGACGCCGUGGUGGGUGUGCUUGGCGAGGGCCUCAACGUCGAGCAGCGGAAGCGCCUCACCAUUGGCGUUGAGCUGGCCGCGAAACCACCCUUGCUGCUGUUCGUCGACGAGCCCACCUCCGGCUUGGACUCUCAAACGUCUUGGGCUAUCCUCGAUCUCCUCGAAAAGCUCUCCAAGGCCGGCCAGUCCAUCUUGUGCACCAUUCACCAACCGUCCGCCAUGCUGUUCCAACGUUUCGACCGCCUGCUGUUCCUGGCCAAGGGCGGUAGGACCGUGUACUUUGGAGAUAUUGGCGAAAACUCCCACGUCAUCACGUCCUACUUCGAGCGGAACGGUGCACCCAAAUGCCCUCCUGGCGAGAAUCCGGCCGAGUGGAUGCUCUCUGCGAUUGGCGCGGCCCCUGGUUCGACUACCGAGGUCGAUUGGCAUCAGGCAUGGAAGUCGAGUCCCGAGUACCAGGCCGUUCAGGACGAGCUCGCACGACUCAAGUCUCAGGGCGCCAACGGCGAGAAGCGCUCGGACGAAGACGAGACGCUGUCCCAUCGCGAGUUUGCCGCUCCUCUGUGGGACCAGUUCCUCAUCGUCACCCGCCGAGUCUUCCAGCAGUACUGGCGCACGCCCUCGUACCUCUACUCAAAGUUCAUCCUCUGCUGUUCCGUUUCCCUCUUCAUCGGCCUCGUCUUCCUCAAUGCCCCCCUCAGCAUCCAAGGCUUGCAGAACCAGAUGUUCGCCAUAUUCAACAUUCUUAGCAUCUUUGGCCAGCUCGUGCAACAGCAGCUGCCGCACUUCGUCACACAACGCUCCCUCUACGAGGUCCGCGAGCGCCCCUCCAAGACGUACAGUUGGAAGGUGUUCAUGCUUUCGCAAAUCGUCACCGAGAUCCCCUGGAACUCCCUCAUGUCGGUUUUCAUGUUCAUCUGCGUCUACUACCCCGUCGGCCUGUAUGGGAACGGCGACCCGAGCCAGAAGAGCGAGCGCGCUGGGCUGAUGUGGCUUCUGUUCUGGCAGUUCCUCAUCUUCACCUGCACCUUUGCCCACGCCUGCAUCGCCGUCACCGAGACAGCAGAGAUGGGCGGCAACCUCGCCAACAUCAUGUUCAUGAUGUGUUUGCUGUUCUGCGGUGUCUUGGCCAGCCCCGAGUCUAUGCCCGGCUUCUGGAUCUUCAUGUACAGGGUGUCACCAUUCACGUACCUGCUGUCGUCAAUCUUGUCCACAGGUCUGGCAAACUCGAAGGUGACAUGCGCCGUGAACGAGUACGUCCACUUCAACCCGCCGGACAACGAGACGUGCGCUAGUUACAUGAGCGGCUACAUCAAGACCGCGGGAGGAUACCUCGAGAACCCCACCGCACGGGCUGAUUGCAGCUUCUGCUCCAUCGACAACACCAACACUUUCCUCACUGCCAUCAGCUCCCACUUUGACCACCGAUGGCGCGACUUCGGCAUCGGUAUGGUUUAUAUUGUGUUCAACAUCUUCGCCGCCUUGGCUCUCUAUUGGUUGGUCCGCAUGCCCAAGGGCAAGAAGAAGGCUUGA